CGAUGGCGAUGCUGCGCAAUAUGUGAGCGGUAUGGUAACCCACAUGCCGAGGCGGUACCCAAUUCGGAAACAGCUGGCUUGGCGUGGAUUGAUCGCGCUUCAGUUUUGCGUCUCAUGCAUCCGUUGGCGUUCCCAAUCUUGCCGCGCAAAUGGCGCUCACAUUCUCUGCCAGGGCUCGUAUGCACUGGGGGCAUACGCCCCGAGUACGGAUAGCUGUAGCUGCUGGGCGACGUUUUGCCACGCUCACGGACUUGUCUUCGCAGCCUGCGCGACCCCCCGUCGACGUUGUGGUCAUUGGGGGUGGCCACGCAGGAUGCGAGGCUUCUGCAGCAUCAGCACGCACCGGUGCUCGAACGAUGCUCGUCACGCCGUCUUAUGACAAUCUUGGCGUAUGCAGCUGCAAUCCUUCUUUUGGGGGUAUUGGAAAGGGAACGAUGUUACGGGAGAUUGAUGCGCUGGACGGACUCGUGGGACGUAUCACGGACAAGGCUGGAGUGCAAUUCCGAGUGCUCAACCGGAAGAAGGGACCUGCGGUAUGGGGUCCUCGUGCGCAGAUAGACCGUGCACUAUAUAAGAAGCAUAUGCGCGAGGAGAUGUUGGCUUACCCGGGGUUACAAGUCAAGGAAGGAAAAGUCGCAGAUAUCAUCAUUGAUCGUUCUUCAGGAGCUGUGUUGGGAGGCAGGCAUGGCAAGAUAACCGGAAUACGGCUUGAGUCUGGCGAGACUGUCAUGACGGAGAACGUCGUGAUCACAACCGGAACGUUUCUUGGUGGGGAGAUCCAUGUUGGACUUGACGUCUUUCCAUCUGGGCGUAUGGGCGAAGCCGCCACCUUUGGCCUAUCGAAUUCUUUGAAAGAUGCUGGCUUCAAGCUCGGCAGACUCAAGACAGGCACGCCUCCACGGCUGGACAAGAAGACAGUAGACUUAACAAAGCUUCAAGUACAGCCUGGAGAUGACUCGCCAAUGCCAUUCUCCUACCUGAAUGAGCAUGUCACUGUAGAACAGCAGCUUGACUGCUGGAGUACGUACACCAACCCUGCGACACACAAUAUUAUCCGCGAGAAUCUCCAUAAAAGCAUACACAUCCGAGAGACUGUCAAGGGCCCAAGAUACUGCCCCUCACUGGAAAGCAAAGUGUUACGCUUUGCCGACAAGGAGCAACACCUUGUCUGGCUGGAACCGGAAGGAUUUGACAACGAUGUCAUUUACCCGAAUGGUAUUAGCAUGACUGUGCCAGCUGAUGUGCAAGAAGCCAUCAUUAGGAGUAUAGCUGGCUUAGAGGACGCUAAGAUGCUGCAGGCCGGGUACGGCGUUGAAUAUGACUACGUCGAUCCUCGAAGCCUGAAAAGUACGCUAGAGACGAAGGUUAUUAGUGGCCUUUUCUUGGCGGGUCAGAUCAAUGGGACGACUGGCUACGAAGAAGCUGCCGCUCAAGGCAUACUCGCGGGCAUCAACGCCGGCAAUGCUGCAGUUGGGCGGCCUGCUCUCACCAUAUCGAGAGCCGAUGGCUACAUUGGCAUUAUGAUCGAUGAUCUUGUGACGAAAGGCGUCAGUGAGCCGUACCGGAUGUUCACGAGCCGGAGCGAGUACCGUAUGUCUGCUCGAGCUGACAAUGCGGAUCUGCGACUCACUGCCCAGGGUAGGCAAGCUGGCGUCGUCAGCGACAAGAGGUGGUCCGCAUUCAGCGAUGAGAAGGCGCAGAUCGAUGAGCUGCGGGAACUAUUGGAGGCGAAGAAGCUCAGCUCGGCGCGCUGGAUAGAACACGGCUUGCCCGUCCGAAGUGAUACCACGCGACGAAGUGCAUACGACUUAUUGCGACAAACAGGCGUCUCAACGUCCUCCCUGCUUGAUAUCAUUCCCGAGAUCGCUCAAUACCCGGAGCGUAUCCGCGGACGCGUCGACAUCGAAGGCACUUACGCCCCGUAUAUCAUCCAGCAGGAAGCAUCCGCUGCAGCUUUUGCGCGGGACGAAAGCCUUGUGCUCCCUGCUGACCUAGACUAUCGGAGCAUUCAUGGCUUAAGUUGGGAGGAGAAAAAAGUGUUGGGAGACACUAGACCGGAGUCUGUAGGUCAGGCGCGUCGCAUCGAAGGUGUGACGCCUUCUGGCACGCUUAGACUCCUCGCUUAUGUGAAGAGCGAGUGGCGGAGGGAGCAGCGAGGGAGGUUAUUCAAGGAGACCUUUGAGUCGCAGCCGCCUGGUCAGGAGGUGCAGGCACUGGCAUGAGCUUGUGCCUGCAUGCCAUGUGCUUGUAUCAUAUUGCUUCAUGCAUAGCGGUGGAGUUCACUGGGUGAUGACUGCGUGGGUGCUAUAUAUACCCCACCUACGUAGUGACGACGAAGGCAUUCCACGUGCGAGUUGUCGGUUUCCAAGUGGGUCUUGGUA